AAUACAUAAUACGUGCUGCCCCGCACAGGCAAGUUACUCCGACAAAUUCUUAAAACUUAAGGCCACACACUACUCAGAGACCUUUACGUGAACAAAAAUCCAUCUGGACAUGAACUUCGAGAUCAUUCUGUUUCUCGUUCACGCAUUAAUCGUGCUAGGGAAGCCCGCUCAUCAAGAUGAAGUUGGCAGCUGUGAUGUUAACUCCAGAUGCAGAUGGGAAUGCGGUUGGCUUGGAAUAGACAAAGAAACCUGCGAGAAGCGCGGCUGCUGCUGGGAUGACAGUGAUCCUUGGGCAAAGUUCUGUUUCGUCAGGAAAUAUAAAAAUCUCCCUGAUGGACUCUGCCCUGUUGCUCCUUCUGAGCGCCAGGAGUGUGGUCAUUAUGGGAUAACAAGGGAUGAAUGUCUGAGUAAAUCAUGCUGUUGGGACCCCACCGUACCUAACGCAAAAUGGUGCUUUAAACAGCCUGUUGAGGAAACGAGAUCUUGUUACAUUUAUCAUGGUGUAUCGGGAACCUGUAAAUACGUGUGUGAUAAGGACGAGAGAAAGAGCUAUGGAAUGGGACAGUGCAAAGGGAGAAUAUGCUGCUUUUAAUUAAAAAGUUAUUGGAAAAUGAUCCUUGAAAAGUGCCACAGGACAAACAAUUCAUCACUUACACGAAGAACGUAACAUUUCAAUUAACAUUCAAUAAAACAUUCACAC